AUGGCGGCCUCGCGGCCGACCAUCGCUCCCGACGAGGAUAUCGCGGCCCUCCUCGAGCGGGCGCAAGUUUCUGCGCCCAUCUCAGAUAAGGUGGUGCCGCAGCUGCUGGCCCAGGAUGUUGGCAGCGUCGCGGCGCCGCUCGAGGCGGGCAGCAGCGCGGUGGCCGGCGGCGAUGGUACUGCGGGCGAGCGCGCGGGCGGCGGCGUCGGUACAGGCGCUGCCGAGGGUGCCGCCGCAGAGGGUGGAAUCGGAGGUGGGACCGAGGUGUCCAGUUUGGACCCCUUGGUGCCCGCGCUGCCGACGAGCGGCGAUGGGACGAUCGACGCUGCGAGGGAGGAUGAGGAGGAGUGGGCUGCGGCGGCGGCGGCCUACCGGCAGGUGUGCCCGGUGCGGCGAGAGGUGGCCGUGUUCGAGGAGUACAGGCGCCAGGCAGCUGCUGAGGGCCGUGCAGCAGCAGAGGCAGCGGCGGAGGCGGAGAUGGAGGAGGAGGAGCCCGAAACGGGCAGCGGGGAGGCUGCGGCAUUGGCCGCGCCCCUGCGCGGCCUGGCGUCUGCGCCAGGCUGCGCUGGCACAACGGACAGGGUCACUUCUUUUUCCGACACUCUCCGCCCCGCCUGCAGCGCGACAACGGCUUCAUCAUCUUCAUCAGCGGCCUUCAUCCAUGCCUACCGGCCUCCUGACCCUUUGAGUGUCGGGCCUUGCGGCGUGAUAUGCGCCCACGGAUACGCCACAAUCUGGCCCGCCGGAUACGACGAACCCUGCCUCCUCGAUGGGGCAGCGAUUCGGCUGCUGGCGUCGGCGAUGGCGACAGUGCGGGCGUAUGAGGACAUCGAGGCGCGUCGCGGCCGGGAUGGUGGCGAUGUCCGGGACGUGCGCUGCUGCCGGGACGUGCGCUCCUGGGCGGAAGUCUGCGCGGCGGCUCGCGAGAGGGAGUUCAAGAUCUUGGCUCGCGAUUCGGAGAAGGCGAGGAAGGGGCGGCGCGCUGCAGAGGCGGCGGGCGAGCCGGAGGUGGCGCCAUCGCCGGCGCCGCCGCCGGUGUUCAAGACGCUCAGGGAGAAGAAGGCGGCUCAGGCGUCAGCGGAGGGCUGGGCGGCGGAGGUGGCGAGGGCCGAGGAGCUCUACGAGGAGCUGCGCGAGCGCGCGCCCCAGCACUGCCGCCGUGGCGGCAAGGUGCUCGACGCGCACGAUGAGCAGGAUGACGCGGAGGGUGGGCACCGGGACUGGGAGGAGGACCCGCUCGGGUUCGACACCAACCCGAUGCUGCUCCGCGCCAUGUGCAUGGCGUUCGAGUGA